AUGUAUGGCCACAUCCACAUCAUCCUGAAAGACUUGGUGCUGGAAGCCUUUGGUCAGAACGUUUGGAGCGCGAUCCUGCUUAGGGCUGGCCUCGAAGAGGAUGCGGUUUUGAACACGGUCCAGCAUCCUGAUGAGGUCAGUUACAGACUCGUGGCCGCCACCUGCGCAGAGACGGAGCUGUCGGCCGAAAACGCCCUUGAGGCAUUUGGACGCCAUUUCGUGGGCUUCGCCUUGCGGACGGGGAACGCGCGAUUUCUCAAGGCGCAGGGAAGCACACUACCCGGCUUCCUUGCCAACGUGAACACCCUUCACAAUCAGUUGGAGCGGGAUCAUCCAAAUGCCUUGUUUCCUUACCUAGAGGUCAGCUACGACAGCCACAAGGACGAGGCCAGCCUGCAGUACCUAUCCACGCGCGCCGGCCUGUCUGCCGUUGUCGUGGGCGUGGUCAAGGAAGUGGGGCUGCGCCUCUUCGGGUUGCAGGUGACCAUGAAGGAGCAGCCCUGCGCACGGUGCUUCCGCAAGGACGCGGAGGACAAGCGGGCCACGGCGUGGCACGUCAGCUGGGUCAAGGUGGCCGUUCCCCAGGACAAGAAGGAGCAGCCAACGCCACGGAUGUCCUUCGCUGCCCUUCACUGGGCCAUGAUCGACUUCGGCAAGCUCAUCUCCAACUUCGACCUCAUCUCCGCCACCUGCGCUUCCGAGGUGGGCAGAUGUGCUGCAGUGGAGGCAGAUCAAACGCUGCACAUUGACCCGGCCAUGGCUUCAGAAGCAAAUCGGAAAUUGGAUCAAGUCCGGUCCGUUCCGGAGGCGCCGCAGGAUGUCCUUCUGCGGGGAACUCCCGCCAGACAUGUGGCAGCAGCCUGGUGUGACUCUACAUUAGCAACGUGCAGCGAGUUUUGGAGCUCCUCUACAGGAGAUGGCCGACACUAUGCUCUCUCGCAAGAUGCACAGGAAGUGGACGUGUUUGUCAGCCACAGUUGGUCGCCUCCAGAUGAUUGGGAAGAUCGCAUGGGGCAAGGUGUGGAUUAUUCUGAGAUCAAGUCGACUACGCUGGCCGUCAUGGCCAAGGACUACGCACAAGAGCACCGCACUUUGGCUGACUGGGGCAACACCUCCUUCUGGAUCGACAAGGCUUGCAUCCACCAAGACAUUCCCGAGUUGAAAUCGUUGGGCAUCGGACUGCUAGAAAAGUUUCUGGAGAAGUGCGACACGAUGUGCGUGAUCUUCACUUGGACAUACCUCGAGCGCUUGUGGUGUGUGUAUGAAUGGGCCUGCGUUCUCGUGUCCAAGCCGCCUCACAAGGUCUUCCUUCAGACGGAGCUCUUCGUGAAAGAGGAGACGCUGCCCCUGUACCUUGAUGCAGUGCGUCACUUUUCGCUCAAACAGACCAAAUGCUUUGCCGAGGAGGACCGGAAAGUGCUCGAGGCCAAAAUUGAUGCGGACUAUGUGUCAACGGAAGCCUUCGAAACCUUGGUACAGGCCACGGUGGUGGCGCUCAUGGCCCGCAGUAUGGCUUUCCGAGCAGGCCGUAGCCCACACUUGCAUAAGACAUUCUUCCAGCCUUGGAUCACUCUGGCCCGUGAGUUGGGCUUCGUGGAGCUUGCUGGGGCUCUGGAGUGCUGCCGCUGCAAUGACUGGAGGAAGAUGACAUCCCUGAACUCGACGAGCAGUCAGAACUCCACGAUGUCCGUCCGGCGGCACGGGUCGCAGAAGAGUACAUCCAGCAAGCGUUCUUCGCCUUCACAUUCGCUGUCUGGCAUGGCGCACAAGCUGCGGGGCCUCCUGUCCCCGACCUCCACCCAGCAGAGCGCCGACGACUCCCUCCCGAUGAUGUUCAGUCCUCGCUCCGAGGCAGCUCAUCCAUCCAAGCCUAAAGCAUUGGAGGACAGCAGCCCCAAGAAGGCGGAGAUGAUGGGCCGCAGUAUGGGAGUGAACUCGCUGGAAUACACGCAGAUCGUGUCGGACUGGUUUGAUCUGGAUGUGGCACCCAUUUUGGAAGAUCUUCUGAAAGCAGCCACGAAGUGA